AUGAUCUGCUGCUUCUACCUGCAUCACAGGGACAACAGCAUGCUCAGCUUCAGGCUCGUCUACAUUUUCUCUUACAACUUGCUCCAGUUCUGUGGUCACACCUGGAUCCUGGCCAACACCAUCGCAAGGUUUCUCACCUUCGGUCAAGAAGCUGUAGCCGACACUUUUUACUCUAUCGGCUUGGUGAUGAGUCUCUGCCAGCUGCUCUCAAACCUGGAACUUUUCCACAUCACCGAUGGGAUUGAGAAAGUCCGACUUCUUCCUCGGUUCGUCCAGGUGAUGGAGAAGAACAUUCUGCUGAUCCUGCUGAUCAUGCUGGAGGAGUUCCAAAGUGAACCGGUUGUGUGUGUGCAGUUCUUCCUGUGGAACAUACUGGACCUCCUUCGGUACACACGUACAGAACCCACAUAA